AUGUGGUUGCUGGGGUGGCCCUGGCUUGUGUCAUUCGCAGACUUGGGGACUGCUUUGCGAACUCAUCAGGAUCUGACAGGAUGUGAGUAUCGCCAGCUAUUGAGUGCUGAAGUUACAGAGACUUGGUGGGGGAACGUGGAGGUGAAGUAUUGCGGAACAUCGAUGGUUCUGACCAGCUCGGCGUCCCAAGCGGAUGCUUGGGCCGAGGUGAAUUGGUUGCUUCCCAGCCUUCAGGAACAACAGUUUGACGAAGAAGACCUCGCCAUCCUGAAAAAGCACUUGGGAAGUUAUCAGUACUCCAUGGCUGUUGGAAUGCUGGGCCGAGGCCUAGUACCUUCAGAACCUAGCAAUAUGGAGUGGGGGUUCAAAGGUUCCGGCGCAGCUCUUGUCAAAUCAGUUCUGUCCUUUGAGGUGAAGUUGGGCGAUGCUCUCAACAAGUUGCCAUCGACCACUGGAGAUUUGUGGCGGGGUGCCUGGCUACCUCCGGAGACACUUGAGACCAUCACCAACGCCUUCGCUCAGGGUUCCAGUGUGAAGUUUCCCUGGUUUCAGUCCACCACCACCGACAAGACACACUCCUACACCUUCAUUCACAGCAAGUGGCAGCCUGCUUAUUGCGCUCCGAACUGUGAGAAGAGAGGCUAUGCCUUCCCUGUCCACUUCCACAUUCAGAGCUGCCUUGCCAAGAAUGUGACUGAAUGGAAUGCGGAUGAGAAAGAACUUCUUCUGCUUCCCAAUUUACCUUUUAAGUCAACAAGGUGA